CCAUCAAUCCUAUCAUUCAGCUGCUCUGCAAAUUUAUGUAACUAGGGGAUGCUUCGUACUCACCAAACUGAUAUUUUAACACAAUGUGAUUCGGAGCUUUAAGGACACAAAUUCAUGGGAUGUUUAUGAUCGUGGAAUGAUUCCCACAAAUUCUGGAACUUGCAGAUGCAAGAGUCAGUUUGUUGUUUUUAUAUGUAGCUAACACUUUCUUCAUUGACCAAAUAUAGACAGAUCACAAUUGAAAAUCAUCUCUGUUAUUUAUAUCAUCUUCUCCUUUUCUGUUAAGGAGUGAGAUUCCCUUCUCUUCAUGUUUUGCAUGAUCUACGAUAAUUACCUGAUUCUGCAAUUGUGAUGCACUGAAACAUGUAUUCAUUAGUACUCUUUCAGAAGAAAAAAAUGGCCAGAUGCAUCAGAUUCGGGCAAAGGGGAGUAUAUUAGAUGCUGCAAAAUCAGGCGUAACAGAAUGGCAGGUUUUGUACACUGCACAAGUAAAUCAAAAGGCCAAGAAAUACCAUGAUGGUUUUCUGCAGCUUGAAGUUCAUGGAUCCCUAGGGAGGCAGGUCACACUGUAUGAUGCUAGUAGGAAAAUCUUGGUGAAUAAAUUUCUUAGGAGAGAUGAAGUGUUGGGAACUGGAAAAUCUCUGGUGUUCGAUUCUCACUUGGUUGAUAUUGGGGAGCAUGUGGUAAAAGAAAAGGGGCCAAUGGGUUUGAAUGACCUUGAACCAUGUCACGCUGCUGGAGAAAUGAGGACAGGCCAUGGGAAAGUGGAUGGUGCUAAAGUUGAUCAAUCAAUCCUGGGAGUACCCUGGCAUAAACAUGGAGACAACACUUCAGGAAAGGUUCAUCCAAGGAGAGAUUCAGAUUCAAACAGUGGAAUAUCUGUUAUGAAAAGGACAGAUUGCAUCAGGAGAGUUUCCGAGACCAAGCCUCUACGUGAUGCCUGUCAAAUACUAUCUGUACUCCGAAAACCAUUAGAUCAAGUUGCCAUUGCUGAAAAUUCAUAUGAAAGGGAGGCAAGUUUUGCUUCCCUAACGAAGGAGCUUCAGGAUCCAGAGAAGUUUUGUGAUGGAGCUCAAAGACAAAGAGCGCCAGCUGCUGAGCUGGCUUCAGUGGAGAAUGUGGACACUGGAAAUCUGACUGAUACUACCAACAAUGAAAAGUUACCUGGUCUAAUGAAGUCUAAAGAAUUAGCCUCUGAAUUCAAUGAAUCUUACUUGAUGGGGGACUUUGCAAUUGCCAACUCGCAGCCUUCUCAUGGGCAAGCUGAUCCCAAGUGCUGCAGUGACAAUCUUGUUUCUGAAGCAUCGCUUUCACACGGUUCUCACAGCGAUGCUAGUGAUAAAAGAAUGGACCUUGAAGGAGAUAGAGAUCCAUUGAUAGUGAAGGCUGAGUGUCCCAGUUUUGAUCUAGGAUUUUGAACCAUAUCCAUUGCUCAAUCAACAAUAUUGCUACUGUCAAGCAUCUGGAUGGAGUGCGCAAGAAUUUUUGUGCCUGUCACACAUGAAAUCUGUACAGUCGAGCUCCUGUUUUUAUGUGAAGCGUUCUGGUGCCAAAUUCAUUUGCAGCUGUCUGAUCGGAAACGUUUUUAGUUAUACGACAUAAUCAAUGUAUUUCCAGUGAUCUUCAAUAUAUUCAGGUACACUUUCGAUGCACAGAAACUCACAUAUGGGUCUAUCCGGUUUCCUUUA